AUGGCCACAGCUAUGGGCCAACAGUCUGCAACUAGUGUUCAACAAGCAACAACUUCUGCUCAACAAGCUAUAAUUCGAGCUCAACGUGAGGUACUAAGGGAUCGGAGAGAGGAGGUUACUGCUGCUGCGAGAGGACUGACUGAUUUUAAUCGACAACAUCCAUCAAAAUUCAAUGGAGAACAUGACCCAGAUAAGGUUGAUAUAUGGAUACAGGAGAUGGAGAAGAUCUUCGAAAUACUCCAUUGUGAGGAUGCCAAGAAGGUGGAAUACACAACCUUUUUGCUUAGGGAAGAGGCUGAAUCUUGGUGGCGAGGUGUGAAACAACUAAUGGAGAGUAAUAAUGAAGCAUUGAACUGGGAUGCUUUCAAACAAAAAGUUUUGGACAAGUAUUUCCCAUCAAGUGCUAGAUCGGAGAAAGAGGCCCAAUUCCUUAAGCUUUACCAAGGCAGCAUGACUAUAGCUGAGUAUGUUGACAAAUUUGACUCCCUAGACAAACAUUUCCACGAUUUCUGUGACAAUGUGGAUGAGAAUUAUAAGUGUGAGAAAUUCAAACUGGGACUCAAAUAUGAAAUUAAGGAGUCCAUGGAGCCCUUGGAGAUUCGUCAGUUCCAAGCUCUAGUGGAAAAAUGUAAGAAGGUGGAACGAAUGAAACAAGGACGUCUACAUAGAGGGGUUGCUGGAGGACUGUCAAGACCCCAGGAGGGACAUGUGAGUACUCAGUACCCAGAAAGAGCAAGACUUUGUUAUCUCUGUCAGCAACCAGGACACUUUGCUAAGGAUUGUAGAGCACCAAGAAGAGAUCAUAUACCAUCCACCAAUAACAAUAAUGAUAUCCCUUGCCCUACAACUAAGGGACGUGUCUAUCACAUUGGAGGAGAAGCAACAUCAAAUGCCUCAGGAUUAGUCCAAGGGGAGUGUGAAAUCGUAAAUAAACGAUUUAUUGUGUUAUUUGAUUAUGGAGCUACACAUUCUUUCAUCUCUGUGGAUUGUGUGAAUUCUAUAAAAUUAUAUGUUACUGUACUACCUUUUGAUUUGGUAGUCACCAUACCGUCUGCUGAACUUGUAAUCUUGAAUGAAGCUUGUUUACAAUGUCCCUUGAAUAUCUUGGGCAUGAAAUUUAAAGUCGACUUGAUUUGCAUUCCUCUCAAACAUCUGGGAGUGAUCCUUGGGAUGGACUGGUUAUCUAGUCAUCACGUUCUUUUGGAUUAUGCUCGAAAGUCUAUAAUCUUUCAAGACCCUGAUGUUUCCCGAUUCCUCAAUAUCAACCGAUUGAAAAUUUCUUUAAAGGGAGGAAUCCAUAAGUAUGUAUUCUUAAAUUCUAUCUGCAUGAGACCAGAAGUAGAAAUUUCUGAGAUCCCGGUGGUAGGAGAUUUCCCAGAAGUUUUUCCAUCAGACGUGCCAGGGUUACCUCCAGUACGUGACAUUGAAUUUUCUAUUGAUGUGGUUCCAGGAACUGGACCUAUUCAUAUUGCCCCAUACAUAAUGGCUCCAUCUGAGAUGUCAGAGCUGAAAAAUCAAUUAGAGGACUUAUUAUCAAAGAAGUUUAUCCGACCAAGUGUCUCACCAUGA